AUGCUCUCCAGCGAACUGCGCUGCCUCGCUUCCGCCGCCAUCCGUUCGCUUGGUCCUGAUGAGCGCGAUUUCUCCGACCACUGGCAUCUCGCAAUCCCACUCACACCUAUCAAGCAUGAAACGGAGUAUGCUGCCCACACCGGCAGGUCAGAGCGCAUGAGCGAGCACAGCUGA